UUGAUGAUGACCAUGCACCUUCUCAUUACUUACUCCAUAUAUAUCCUUCUUUUUGAGCAAUAUAUAUAUAUCCUUCUAUACUUUAUAAACAAACAAAAAUAUCAUUUGGUUUCAAGUGUUUCUCACCUCCCUAUUAGUCUUCUUUCUUUGGAAUUAAAGGGUAUUACAAAAGAGGAGAAAGAAGUGCUUAGAGAUAAAUUAAUUAAGGAUCAUAUAUAAUCAUAAUAUUAUAUAUGGCUGAUACAUUUGAUGAGCAGUGUGAUUACCUCUUCAAAACUGUUCUAAUUGGAGAUUCUGGAGUUGGGAAAUCAAAUCUUAUUUCAAGGUUUACAAAAGAUGAAUUUCGACUUGAUUCUAAGCCAACCAUAGGUGUGGAAUUUGGUUAUAAGAACAUCAAGGUUAGAGAUAAGCUCAUCAAAGCACAAAUAUGGGACACUGCCGGCCAAGAGAGGUUUAGAGCUAUCACAAGCUCAUACUAUAGAGGAGCAUUGGGGGCAAUGCUAGUCUAUGACAUAACUAGGAUAAUAACUUUUGUUAAUAUAAAAAAAUGGUUACAUGAGCUUAGAGAAUUUGGAAAUGAAGACAUGGUGAUUAUUCUAGUAGCAAAUAAAUCUGAUUUGAGUCAAUCAAGGGAAGUUGAGAAAGAAGAAGGAAAAGGGUUUGCAGAAAAAGAAGGUUUAUGUUUUAUGGAAACUUCUGCAUUGCAAAAUUUAAAUGUUGAAGAUGCAUUCUUAGAAAUGAUUACUAAGAUCCAUGAUAUCAUAAGCCAUAAAAGCUUGGAAGAUAAAAUGAAUGGUACAAAAUUAGGGCUUCCUAAUGGGAAGGAAAUUCAUAUAGCUGAUGAAGUUACUGCUACUAAACAAGUCAAUUGUUGUUCAGGAUGAGAACUUGCAUCAUAAUUUUUUUGCUAUUUUGCAAGUAUGAUUAAUUAACUUGUUAUAAAUUAUUUUUCUUUGUAUAAUUUCUUAUACUUUGGGAUUUUAUUUAAUACAUCAAGCUCAUGGAAAUUUGUAAGGGGUGAAUUAAAGUUAAAAUGUAAAUGUUGAUUUCUUAUAUAA